AGUACGUUGGUAGACUGAAGAGGAAGAGAAGAAACAAAGAAAAGGAGAGUGGGAAGAGAAAGGAAGAGGGGGACGUAGACCUACUGAAGAAGCUCAGGAGAAGUCCCUCUGCAACGAGGCAGCCUCUGCUCACCAGGAAGCACCGGGAAGCGAGCGAGUGCCCCUGACAUGCGUCUGCGGCUGCUGGUGUGUGCGGGCGUGCUGCUGGUGGCCCUGUGGCCCUGCCCGCCAUGCCGGGCGCUGCUCAGCCGGGCGCCGGUGCCAGGCUCGGGGCGCGCCCCGCAGGUCCCGCAGCCCCUGGAUCUCCUCCAGCCGCAGCCCGAGCAGCAGCAGCAGCAGCAGCCGCAGCCGGUGCUGAUCCGCAUGGGAGAAGAGUACUUCCUCCGCCUGGGCGACCUCAACAAGAGCCCCGCCGCUCGGCCGUCGCCCCUCGCGGCGGGCACCGGGAGCCGCGCCUCGCCCGACCAGGCCGCCGCCAACUUUUUCCGCGCGUUGCUGCAGCUGCCUAGGCGCUCGGCGCUCGAGCGCGGCCCCGACGACGCCCUCGGCGGCCACCAGGAGGCGCUGGAGAGGAAGAGGCGAUCCGAGGAGCCUCCCAUCUCCCUGGAUCUCACCUUCCACCUUCUCCGAGAAGUCUUGGAAAUGGCCAGGGCCGAGCAGUUAGCGCAGCAAGCUCACAGCAACAGGAAACUGAUGGAGAUUAUUGGGAAAUGAAACGGUGCGUUUGGCCAAAAGAGAUUCUGCAUUUAGCACAAAAAUAAAAAUUAAAAUUAAAUUAAGAUACAGUAUUCUGUACCAUAGUGCUGCUCUGAUAUCAUUUGUUUAUUUUUAUAUAGCUUGAAACAUAGAGGAUGUACAGGGAAAGGGCCUAUAUAUGCCCUAAUUAGCAUGCAGAAAGUGUAUCCCCGCGCAGUAACAAAACAGUUAUUUGUAUUGUCCACUUUUAGUUUCCAUAGCCAGGUGUCUUUACAGUGAUGUCUUAAAGAAAAAGUAGACCCAAGGAGAAACAUUUUGAAGAAGAUGGAAGCCAUUCAAAUGUUUUUGUAGGGGGGGUCACAGCUGAAGAGAACACCAUGCUUGAGUGAGUGGCUAAAGUGAA